UUUUAAUUAUAACAGAAGAACAACAAAUAUUCUUUUCUAAUAGACUUUUGUCAGUAUAAACAAAACCUGCUCUAAUGUGCAACGCUUUUUAAAGCAAGGAUUGUUUCUCGGUUGUUUUAAGCCAAGCUGGUGUAGUCUAAAGCUAGUUAGCACGUAAAGCUAGUCAACAAUCCCAGGUUGAAUGGGUCGUUGGAUGCUAGAUAGUCUGGCAAAACUUAGUUUGACAGCGACUAAUUACGAUUUACGAUAGACUGUUCAUUACUUUAGUAUACAAACAGCCAUUUCCCUGCAUCAUUUAUGGCUACACACCGGAUUUUAAGAUUUGCUUGCCUACUGAAUAGACGGCAGAAUCAAGUCUGGACAGCAUCACAUAACGCUUCAUUAAUCGUUUCUGCUCAAGUUGUAUUAAUGACUGCACUGACAGACUUUGAACCUUUAGCAAAGAGGCUAAGGGUUGAAUCAAGUGCUCCAACAUCACCCUCAUCUUCUCACGAAGGCCCAUCCCUAUGCAGUCAGAGCACAGGUAAUGAAGCUGUAAAUCAAGGAGGAAGAGAAAACAAAGCUGAAGCGAAGAUGGAUGUACAGUCAAAGGCCAGAGAAGGGGUUCUUCGAGAUGUAAAGACAAAAGGUUCCCUUCAAAAGAGAAAGCAAGAACAGUCUAAAAACACUCUUGACCGAUGGUUGGUUAAGCCCUCAAAAAACCCAAGUACAGCUGACGUGUGCCAGACCCAAGAGGAUGAAGAAAUGACUAAUGAUGGUGACUGUCAAAGCACCUCAGCUCAGUCUGUGGACUGCAAAAUUGCUGAACAACACCCAGUAUCUGACACAGAUGAAGACACCCAACCAUUGACACCACAAGACCUGGAUCAAGACUAUCCUGCGUCGCCAUCUUCCCAGGAUUCUGCAGAGAGUGAACUUACUGAGACAUUGUCUCGUAGUGAUGGUGGAUUAGAAAAACAAGAAAUGGAAACAUACCAAGAAAGCUCAGAGGGCCCUGUCAGACAGAAUAUAAAGAUAACAGAUUUUUUUCCAGGGUUGCCAUCACUCGCUUUACCUAUGAGACGAGGCAAAUCAAAUAAAUUUCCACAGAAAAAAGAUGCAGACAAGGCAACUGCCUCUACUGAUGUCAAAUGGCUGGGCACGCCGAUCAGUGAGCUAAAGAGAAUGCCUGCAUGUGGUGCACCGCUUCCUCGGCUGAAGGAUAUUACUGGCCAGCACACUGUGAUGAUACGGACAGACCUUCUUCAGAAUGGUAGAGUUCCAGUUCCGUAUCCUACCGUGUUUAAGGAUACCUGGGAUGAAGUCCAUGUCAAGAUGCCCUGUUCCAGCAGUAAUUUGUUUCCUGUACAAGAUGAGGAAACACGAGAGCUGAAGAAUAAGAGUCGAUGGGAGCUCAUCAAGGAAACUUUAGAGAUGCAAUUUGCAAGUCCGCUUGAGUUAAAGAAUGCAGUAUUAAAGUACAGUGCCUCCCAUGCCAAGAAAUGGGACUUUACAGCAUUGCAUUUGUACUGCACUAAGGUCCUGGAUCCUGAUGCUGCUGAACAUCUGUUUGACUCUCUGUUGCCAGACAUGGUGCAAUUAGCACUGAGAGUAUCUGAGCUGUGCACCAAGCCGAUACCCCUCAUCAAGAAAGGCAUGAACCACUCCAUCACCAUGUCUCAGGAGCAGGUGGCAUGUCUGCUCGCCAACGCCUUCUUCUGCACAUUCCCCCGACGGAACUCCAGAAAGACUGAGUACUCCAACUACCCAGACAUCAACUUUUUCAGGCUGUUUGAGGGAUCCUCUUCAAGGAAGAUUGAGAAGCUGAAAACCCUGAUGUGCUAUUUCAAGAGUGUCACUGAGCAAAAUCCUACUGGACUCGUAACAUUCACCCGAAAAGGGUUGGAUAAACCGCUAAAUUGGAAAAGCUCACAGACUCUGCUAACAAAGCUCCACAUUACUUGUGAAGGGACCAUUGAGGAUGAUGGUUAUGGAAUGCUUCAGGUGGAUUUUGCCAAUCGGUUUGUAGGAGGAGGGGUCACCAGCUCUGGUCUCGUUCAAGAGGAAAUCCGUUUUCUUAUUAACCCAGAGCUAAUUGUUUCUCGUCUCUUCACUGAAGCCCUGGAUCAUAAUGAAUGUCUGAUCAUCACAGGAACGCAGCAGUACAGUAAGUACACCGGUUAUGCUCAGACCUACAAGUGGAGUGGCAGCCACCAGGACCCAAUUCCAAGUGACACCUGGCAGAGGAGAUGCACUGAGAUUGUGGCCAUCGAUGCGCUGCAGUUCAGGAACCAUCUUGAACAGUUUCUCCCAAACAGAAUAAACCGAGAACUUAACAAGGCUUACUGUGGCUUUGCACGCCCCGGAGAACAAAGUGAAAACCUGGCAGCUGUGGCGACAGGGAACUGGGGCUGUGGGGUUUUUGGAGGUGACACGCGUCUCAAAGCUCUGCUCCAGAUGCUGGCAGCUGCCGAGGCGGGCCGAGAUGUAGCCUAUUUCACCUUUGGUGACAGCCAGCUCAUGACAGAUGUCCACAACAUGCACUCUUUCCUCACUCAGAGGAACAUCAGUGUUGGGGAGGUGUAUGAUCUCCUGGGGCAGUACUACAGCUCAGUGUGCAAGAGCUGCCUCGGUCGGCGCCCUGACGUCAGCCUCUACUCCUUCAUCUACCAACAGGUCAGCUCCUCCCUGGCGCCCGACGACUCCGACAGGGGUUCGGCCAGACAACACAAACCCACAGACUGCCAUUAAGGUCAGGUGGCCGAUGAGUCACCAUGCCUUAACCUCGGAAUCAAAACCCUCUUACUCUGCCUUUAGCUUCAUUUUUAUAACUUAUUUUUCUGCUCAAUCAACAUUUAUUAAAUUGUGAAGGACAUACCAAAUGUGGCCUUGACAACUGGCCGCUGAAAAUAAAAAACCUUGCAUGCAGAUCCUUUUCAGAAGCAGCCGAACUGCAGACGGUGGUUAGUUAUGACCCUGUCUAACGCUGCAGUCCAAGCUGUGUUAAUUUUGCUGCAGCUGGUAAUACGGCAAUAGAUUGAGCUUCAGUGCGACGCAAUUGUGAUUUUAAUGGUGAAGCAAAGGUUGCCAUCCAUCUUCUCGGUUUGUCAUGUUGCCUUUUUUUUUUUCCACCCACACAUAUCCAGCCUAAUUGAAUUGGCUGUCAGAAAUCAAGUUAAAGGAAAAGAAUAACAAGCACGGUGUUUGGAAAGCUUGGAGCAGUCUCAAGAGAAGUGAUUUGAUAUAAAGAGCAGCCAUGCUCGUUGAGAAAUAAUCUCCUAACUUCAGCAUUUACUUAGUUACAGUCAUGGGUUGCAUUUUGAAUACUUUCUUUAGGUUAAUUUUUGUAUGUGAUUGCACUUCAAGUAUUAAAUUUUUUAUCAAUAUUUUUCAAACAAUCUCUGUACAAAAUUGUUAUUUCUAAAAAAACCAAAAGAUGCACUACAAUGAAAAGUGUGAAUUUUUCUGACAGACUUUGUUUUUCAGUUUAAAUAAAAUCAGUUUUAAAUUA